GCCGCGCGCAGUUGGCCAAGCGAAAAUAACAACAAAAUGGUUUUUUUACCAAGCGCCAGGCAAAAUCACCACAAGAAAACACAAUAAAAGUACAAUAUAAAGGACAACAAAGCGGCCAAACACUUACAGUAUUAGCGUGGAGUCUGUAGAGUGGGAGCAGCGUACGCCACAGCCUGUUAAAUUAAUUAUUACACAACAAAUAAAUCAAAAAAGUGCCACCGACAGUUUCCAAUUGGCAGCGUGCAGCCGAAAAUAGCUUGUAAACAAACCGAUCGGAAUAGGAAUAGGAAAGAAGCGCUCUCAGCGUCAUUGACCCAGAAAUUAGCCGCUGUCAUUGCCAAACGAGAAUACAUAUAGCUACUUCCCUUAUUCACAUCCCACCGAAGAGCACGUGCAUCCACAUUCACAAUGGCCAGCCGGCAGAUGACCAACGACCACCUGCGCCUCUCCUGGCACGACACUCAGAUGAUGGCCACCCUGAGCCCGCAGAGCGUCAUGGACUACUUCUGCCGCAAGUCUAAUCCUUUCUACGACCACAUGUGCAACAACGAGACCGUUCGGAUGCAGCGCUUGGGUCCAGAGCACCUGCACAACAUGAUCGGCCUGGAGUACAUUCUACUCCAUGUGGCAGAGCCUAUUCUCUAUGUGAUCCGAAAACAGCACCGGCACAAUCCCUCGGAGGCCACUCCCAUAGCCGACUACUAUAUCAUUGGAGGCACUGUCUACAAGGCGCCCGAUCUAGCCAACGUCAUCAAUGCCCGAAUACUCAACACCGUGGUGAAUCUGCAAUCCGCCUUUGAGGAGGCCAGCAGCUAUGCUCGCUAUCAUCCCAACAAAGGCUACACCUGGGACUUCUCCUCCAACAAAGUUUUAUCCGACAAAUCCAAGUCAGACAAGAAGGACGCCAAUUCGGCGAAGGAUGAAAACAGCGGAACUUUGUUCCAGAAGCAGCGUGUAGACAUGCUUCUGGCCGAACUACUGCGGAAAUUUCCCCCACCCAUACCGCCAAUGCUGCAGAACCUGCAGCAGCCCCCGCCGGCUGGCGAUGAGUUGAACGCUGCAGGAAACGCCUCUGAAAUGAAUAGUGCCACGGGACCACUGGACAUCAAAACAGAGGGUGUGGACAUGAAGCCACCGCCCGAAAAGAAGAGCAAGUGAUUAUGUUAAUGUGCAUUUAAACUGGUAGAGAUUAAAGUACAUUAAACUUA